CGUCCAAACAGAUCCCUCACAGUACACACCAUAGCAUCAUUACAUGCAUACAGUUUAGCUCGGUAGCCGGCAAGCUGGGGGAAAUACGCUCCGGCCUCCAGGGCUUGGCGCUGCGCUAGUGAUAACUCAUGGCAGAUGAGGUAUAUGGAGGUGUGGCGAGCACUGGCGGUCAAGGCCAAGAUCCGGACACGGGGCUGUAUGAGGGUCUAUUUGCGGGCUCUGCUCAGGCUGCAUCCGCGGACACUUAUCUGCAGCAUAAAGUCAACGAGUUGGAGGAGCUGCUUAGGGAGAAGACAGCAGAAGCCACCAGCUUAAGAAAGAAGCUGAAUGCCCGGGACAAGCAGGUUUCAGACCUGACGGCGGAGCGCGACACGCUGCUGCGGAACAUAUCGGUGCUCUUCAACACCGCCAAGGAGGAGAUGGCGCGCAAGCUGGCGGAAAUUGCCCAGCUGCGUGUUGAGCUGAACGGGGGUCAAUCAAGCCUUCCGUCGGCCUCGGGGCAAGGGCCGCGGCAGCUGCCAUCGGCGCCUCCGCGUGCUGCGCUGCCACCGCCGGUGCACGAGAGUGCAGAGGCAGGCCGUCACGCCCAGCAACAGCAGCUGCGGGAUCGCCCGGGAUUUGGUUUGGGUCGCGGACACGCCGACGGGCCCCAGGGAUCUGGGUCUUCCGCCGCAUUCGGGAAGCGAGGGCGAGAUGGCAGUCUGGAGCCGGAAAGGGAUGGGGGCGUCCUGCCAUUAGAAGCCAUGCCACGUGGGAGCAGUGGCGGUGGGGGCUAUGGGACCGGCAGCACCGGCUAUGGGAGCGGUGGCGGCGGCUACAGGGGCGGUAGUGGAGGUUAUGGAGGUGGUGGAGGCGGCUUUGGGCCGCCUGAUGGCGCCGCACUCAAACGGCAGCGGUAUGGAGGGCCGACCGGUCCACAGGGACCUCAGCCUCCAGCGCCAGUGCCACCACUCUACCAGCCGCCUCCAUACUCGCAAGCACCGCCGCCAUACCCGCAUGCACAACACUAUUGAGACGGGGGGAACAGGUUAAACCGCAGUGCAUAGUGGUGCACGUGGCGGUACCCCCGUGUCGCCGGUAUGCGAACGUGCGCCAGCUCUUUCGGACAUACACCGUAUUGUGGACGGGCUGCUUCGGCAGUUGCGGUAGAAUAGUGUAGCAGUAGUGCAUUGACCGGCUGAUUCAUUGUUACGACUGGGGGCAGCAGUGUCUGCAGCUGCGACAGGAUGCAGAUAUAGGUUAGCCGCAUCCAGGGCCUUCCAAACAGAGAGCGCUUGGGUCAGGUAUCAGACAGGCUCAGGUGCCGUCUGGUUGAACGUUGUACUGCAGGGCCGCGACGCGAACUCUGUGAUGAACAUGCGGCACGCGCUGAGAUGCUCCUUGGUAGGGCGCGGCUUGCGGCCCUGCGCCGCGGCGGUGGCGACGGCGGUGGUGGUGAAGGGCCUGGCCCCACCAGCAGCAGCGGCCUGGGCCCAGCAGUUGCAGAGUGCGUAGCGGAGAGGGCGAGCAAGGCCGCGUGGAGGAGGACAGCGCGGCGUCGCCCAAGAAGCGGCGCCGGCGCGCAGGUUGAGGCUGGCCGGUGUCUGGUGAGCGGUCUUUGCUGGCAAGCAUAGCACAGCACAGUACGUGGUAGGCCGCAGCAGUGAGGAGUGUUGUGGCUAGAUUUCCUGCUGUUUAGUUCCUUGAUGGCUGUGCUUGUGCUCCUUUGUGCUUGGCAGCGGGACGCGACUGGACACAUGGUGGGCCGUGCCUGUACGAACCGACCCCAGCUAUGUCUGGGAGAUGAGGUAGACGCUUGCGGCGUGGGCUCGGCCCACUUUCCCCUUGCGAGGGAAAACCACCGUUCUUGUCUCCGGGAUAUCGAAACCUUUGGCCUCGGAGGGCGGUGUGGGCUCAGCCUGCUUUUCGCGUGCUUGAAGGGGAUCAUCGCCCCCCCCCCGGGGUUUAGUUUGGGCUGGUAUCUACAACCACCACCCCCGGCAGCCAAGGGGGAAUGUGCUGACGUCACUUAGUAUCUUAUACAUGGCAAGACCGUAUGAGGACGUCCUUACUGACAUGGACCUUCCCGUUGAGCGCCAUGUUGGAGCAGGCUUGUGCGGCAGCAGCCGUCAGGUGGAAGGGGGCGCGUGGCUCAGCGUGGCUAGCGUCGGUGCAGAAGUUG